CAGAGAGGCCAGACAUUUUUGAUCUUAACUAUUCAGGCGAUUUAUUUCUAAUGAAGGAUGAGACAAAGGGCAUACCCAUAGGGGAAACAGUAUGUUUAAAGCCAAAGAUGUACUCAGUCCUUCCAGUGGGGCAUGAUCCUAAAACUCCCGAUGACCCAGAUUCUGAAGACCCUAAAAAGAAGCACGGUAUCCAAAAGGCAAAGGGUGUAAAGAAAUGUGUGGUCAAAAGAGAGCUUCGACAUGAUAAAUUUCUAGAAUGUCUUAGAAAUAAGAAACUAACUCGGCAUGACAUGUACGGUCUUCGCAGUUAUGAUCAUCAAAUAUAUCUGGAAAGG